AUGCGCGCGUCGCUGCGCCAGCCGCUGCUGGCUGCCAUGAUCGGCAUUGGUAUCGGUUACUAUACUUUCAGCGAGCCCCUGAGCCGCCUCGCCGCGCAGCAGCGGCAGGAAGUGGAGGCGGCCGGCGGCGCCGACGCGUGGCGCGAGGCCAAGCAGAGGGAGGCGGCUGCUGCCGCGGCCGCGGCCGCGGCGGCGGCGGCGGCAGCCGCGCAGGAGGAGGAGGACCGGCAGAAGCCGUGGCGCCGCAAGAGGCGGCAGGAGCGGAGCCAGCAGGAGCAGGCGCAGGCGCAGCAGCUCGAGUCUGAGCCAUCAUGA